AUGGCUGACGGGCUUGGCAUCGCAGCCAGCGUCAUCGCUGUUAUCGAGUUAGCUGCCAAGGUCACACUCACAUGUUAUCAACUGAAAGAAAAGUUCAAGGACUUCCGGAAGGAUAUCAAAGCUAUAAUUGAAGAGGUCGAAACUGUGUCGAUCAUUGUCGAGGAGCUCAAUGAGCUGACGGCAGAGGUUUCGACCGAGAGCUCGAGUCCAAACGGCAAGGCUGCAGUGAAAUCAACACAAUUCGCUCUUGACGGUUGCAAAACUAUCCUCCAAGAGCUGAAUGAAAAGCUUGGACCGCUGUCAAAACCGCGCUUCAGAGACAAGUUAAAAUGGCCUUUGGAUUCCUCCAUCGUCCAUGCCAAGCUCGAUGAUCUCCAGAAGCACAAGGCGACACUUCAACUGGCUCUGUCACUCUAUCAAACAAAUGCUUUCAGGGCACAGGCUACAGCAGACAAGGAUCGUCUCAUCGAGGAAAAGAGGACCAAAGUCUUGCAUUGGUACGGUACGAGUGACCCCAAGCAGAACCAGAGAGUAUCGAGCGAAGCUCGAGAUCCAAACACAGGUGCAUGGGUUUUCGCACACGAGAAGUUCACACAAUGGAAAGAAAGCCUAAAUGGCGCACUCCUAUGGCUACAUGGUAUUCCUGGGGCAGGGAAGACAAUCCUCUGUUCCAAUAUCAUUGAGCACAUGGAGAUAUACUGCAAUGAUCAAUCUCAUGCAAAGUCGCUGCCGGCCCGAGCCAUCUAUUACUACUUUGACUUCAAGGAUAGUAGUAAGCAGAACAUGCAGAAUCUCCUCAAAUCCUGUGUUUUCCAGCUCAUUUCGACAAAACCUGGAAUCUCAAAAGCUGCGACAGAUCUUUUUGAGGACAAACACAUGGGUCUCAAUGAACCAAGUCUCGACGAGCUGUUACAGACGUUGUUGGAGGAGGCGUUGCUAUACAACACAGUAUUUCUCAUGAUGGAUGGCCUCGAUGAAUGUCCAGAGAAGCAGAGAAAGGUCUUUCUUGACAAGAUAUUGCAGCCUCUGAUCAAGUCUGACAUCCAUCUUCUGCUGACAAGCAGAAAAGAAACCGAUAUCGAAGAUGGUCUAGCCGGAUCGGCUGAGGUUAUUGCCAUUCAGGAUUCUGUGGUCGAUGCAGAUAUCAGAACCCAUGUCCAUAAUAUCAUCGCCCAUGAUAAGAGGCUGAGUGCCAUGCCAUCGAGCAUCCAAUCGGAGAUGCUUGAAUGCAUAGUCUCUGGGGCCCAUGGAAUGUUCCGCUGGGCAGAGUGCCAGCUAGAGGCGAUGAAAGAAUGUCUGACAGCGACCAUGGUUCGAGAGAAGCUUAGGUCUAUGCCUAAAGACCUUUACGAAACCUAUGACAGAAUUCUGAGAAGUUUAAAACUUGAUCAUCGACCGUUUGUGCAGUCGGCUCUGCGAUGGUUGGCUUUCUCGGGCAGGCCGCUCCGUCUGGAAGAACUAGCAGAAGCUGCGACUAUCAGGCCCGAAUCAGGUCGUUUUGACAAAACCACAUCUAGGUUCCUCACCAAUCGUACAAUUGUGGAACUUUGUGGUGUUCUGGUUUCUAUUACAACAAUCACAGCCGGUACAAGAGACCGUCGAAGAUGGCUAAACAAGAGAAAGAAGAUUGCUGGGCUCUCUGAAAUUAGCAUUAGAGGUAGCUUGGGAACACAAAAGACGAAAGAGGUCACGAUUGUAUCGCUGAGUCACGCUUCGGUGAAGGAAUACAUACUGAGCCCCAAGACCGGCUACGAUACUAUUUUGGCCCAAUUCCACAUGUCGGAAAAGGAUUGCAAUUCUUUUAUUGCGCAAUGUUGCCUUCUCUAUCUUCUCAACUUCAAUGCUGGUAAGAUCGCAUCUUCCUUGGACAUGGGCCAAAAUCCCUUGCUGGAGUACUCAGCUUCGUACUGGAUGGACCAUUGGGAAUUUGCCCAAGAAGAACAUGACGAAUACCCUUUGAAGCAACUUUGUGGAAAUUUCUUCUCGCCUGAUGCUCAGGGUGCCUAUAUCAAUUGGAUGAAUAUAUGGGAUCCUGACGAUCAGUUGAGAGAUGAACGGUUAACCUCCUCGGGGCCCAAAAUCAUACAAAGCGCUGACUUUUUCCCGCAACCAUUGUACUGGGCUUCAACCUUAGGAGACUUCAGCUCAGCCAAGCUGAUGGUCCAACAAGGCGCAGACCCAACAACAGAAGAAGGUUACCUUGCAUCUGCGCUCGGGGCUGCCACUAUUUCAGGCCACGUCAACGUGAUGCAUCUUUUUCUACAAAUGGGUGUGGGCCUUACUAUGCAAAGCAGACGGUUCGGCAGCCUUCUGCAGACAGCCGUGAUUGGGGGCUCUAAUCGCGCCGUACAAUUGCUAAUUGAGGCAGGUGCAGACGUGAAUGCUUGUGGUGGGAAAUUCAUCACGCCUCUGAUUGCCGCAGUAUCCAAGCAAAGGAAGGAUCUUGUGGAGCUGUUGUUGGAAAAUGGUGCACGCUUGGACAACGACUUCCAAGGACAUGUUUCUGCCCUAUCGCGGGCUGCAUUAGAUGGAAAUGUCACUUUGGUUGACACUCUUAUCAGUGCAGGUGCAGACGUGAACGCUUCGGGGUGCCACGCUGGAGCAAGGCCACUUCUUUCAGCAGUGAAAUCUGGAUCUAUCGAAACCGUUGGCUUGCUUCUCAGUAAAGGAGCCGACGUCAACAUGACGGGCCAGAUUUUUGGCGAAGGUCGCCUUGAAUACAUGUAUCCCCUCGCCUUAGCUGCUCGUGGUGGCAGUAUACAAAUAGUACGACGACUUCUUGCAGCUGGCGCAAAUCCAAACCCGCAGGAUCACUUGGCGGCCUCCACAGCUCUCAAAGAGACUGUUGUAAAGCGAAACAUGGCAUGUUUCGAAGCUAUUCUCAAUGCCGGUGCAGACCCCAACUUAUGUGGCCAUCAGAAUGACGUGAAUUGUCUAUCUUUUGCAAUUAUCAACCGGCAAUAUCACAUGGCAAAGGAUCUUAUCAAAGCUGGAGCUCAAUGGCAAGACCAUCUUAUUUCAACCGCUGUCGAGAUUCACAAUGAUGAACCCUGGGUUCUAGCCAAUUUACUGGAACGGGACGAAGUCGGUGCCGACAACUUCUGCGCACUUGACGGUUCUCGUAAUAGGCCCCCCAUUCACUCGGCCAUAUCUGGCAGAGGCAACGAGGAAACCCUCCGUCUUCUGCUCAAGAAAGGCGCUUACGUGGAUGUGGUAGAUUGCAUUGGUAGUCUUUACGAACAACGGCUUAUGACUCCCCUGUGCCGGACCUUGUAUAAUGGCAAUAUGGAUCUUGCCAACAUCUUGAUCGACUAUGGAGCAGAUGUCAACCGUGCACUCACAGUUUCACCAUUAGAGAUGGCUAUCAAAUCUGCCAACGAUUACGGAGGCUCCUUAGAGGCGUUCAAUAUGCUUCUAAGCCUAGGAGCAGACAUGGGACAAUUGACUGAAGUGGCGCUAUUUUGGCCGUUGAGAGCAGGAAACGUUGAAAUUCUUCGCUUCCUUGUCGAAAAAGGUCUAGAUGUCAAUCGCUUGUUGAAUUCACCGGAACUACGGCAGCGUCGACCAGGACUCGAUCAUCCGCAAUGUACCCCAGUCCAGCUCGCGGCGCAAUUAGGUCAUAUCAAGAUGAUACAAGUCUUGCUGGAACUUGGUGCCGACAUCAAUGGCGUGGCGGGGGAAUUCGGAACAACCCUCCACUAUGGCCUUUCUUCAAAGAACACAGAAGUUGUCAAUCUUCUAUUCGACCGUGGCGCAAGGGUGGCCAACUCUAUCUCAGACAGAAGCCUGAUUUAUCAAGCAAUCAAAAAUGGUCUGGCGAGCCUGGUCACUAGGCUGAUAGACGCUGGAGCAGACGUCAAUGCGACAGAUGUGGAUAAGUCAUGGAAGAGGAAGGUAGAGCGGAAUAGCCCCCUUCAUUUGGCUUUUUGUCGCGGCGAUCAAGUGCUUGUGGAAACUCUGAGACAGUACGGGGCUCAAUUCCAAAAGACGGAUACCGAAGCGGCUAUCCAGGCUACAAGGAAUGGACGCGUGAAUGAUCUGGAGUUAAUGGUAGAGUAUGGCCUCAACUGCAGCGCCAGUGAUAUCAUACUCGAGGCUUCCAGACAGCCGGAAACAACAGCAAUCGCGCUACUUGUAGAGCACGGGGCAGAUCUCAGCGCAAAAUCAGCCGGGCGUGCAUUCAAGGAGGUAUGUGCUCGAGGAGACUUGGGAAUGGCGGGGGCGUUCUUACGACACGGCGCAACACCCGACAAACUCGCCAACGCGGCUGGAACUCGGAAUAAUGUAGCGAUGAUUGAUCUACUGCUAAGUCAUGGUGCAAAUAUCGAUGCAAAUGACGGCGCAUGCUUCAAGGCAGCAGGUAAGGCUGGUUGCCGCAAGGUUCUGGCACGGCUUCUCAAAGAACCUAUGACGGCCUCUGACAAGUCUCACUAUCUUGGCAUCGCAUUGCAAGGAGCAGUGACGAAAGGCAAUUCCUACUUUGCGAUAUGGCUUCUUGAUGUUCACAACGCUCCACUCAACCAUGUUGGUUCCCCUUAUGGUAGCCCGCUCCAGGCUGCAUUCGUGUCUCCAGGAGCCGCAUUCGUGUUUUCAAAGGCCGCAAAAGUCCAUGAACACGCCCAGCUCAUACGAACAAUGCUUGAGAGAGGGGCUUCAGUGAGUCCGCCACUGGCCCCCAGAUCACAGGAGGAGGCCAAACGUGAAGAAGUGAGGGAGAGAACCAGUCGUGAUGUGCCCACAGUCUUCAAUGCGCCGCUGCUGUCCCUUGCAAUGAGCUCAUCAUCAAAUCGUUGGGAUUUACGACAUCUCUCAUACAAUAUCCUUGCACACGGAGCCGACGUCAAUAGCCUAGGUGGCCCUUAUCACACGCCGCUACAAACCGCCGCAUAUUGUUUCCCAGAGAUUCUAGAGGUGCUCCUGGAUGCCGGGGCGGAAGUCAAUGCUACAGGCGGAAGAUUCGGCACCGCACUACAUGCUGCAGCUUGGAACCACGACGUGAAGUCGGUCAAGUUGCUCUUGGAGCGUGGAGCAGACGUGCGCAUCUCGGCGGGCAAGUACGGGUCGGCGUUGAUAUGCUCUGCACAUUUGUCUCGUUUCAAUUUGGUUCAGCCCAUACAUGAAGUAAUGCAGAUUUUAUUCGAAGCUGGAGCAGACAUACACUGCCGAGAUGGAAAAUACGGAUCCGCGGUGCAAAUGGCUGCAAAAUGCGGCAACGUCAAGGCAUUAAGAUGGCUGGCGGAUCAUGGGGCGGACAUUAGAGUCCAAGGUGGCCGCUGGGGAAAUGCAUACAAGGCGGCUUGGGGAACGGCAUUGAAACGAGAACGGCAUGAGGCAAGACCUUGUCUCAUGGCUUUUGGUUGGCUUGAACAGAAUUAUGGCCGCGAUGGCUGGGAUUGA